UCUAAAUGUGUGCUGGUGUUUGGAAUAAGCCUCUUUCUGCCCACCUACAGGAGCAGGAGUGUGUGGCCCCGGGAGUCACUGGCAGCAGGAACGGCAGCAUCAACGGUGACCAUGACAACUCUGCUUCUGCUGUGUGUGUGUUUCCCCAUCAUCUCAGCAACAAUAUCAUUUGAAGACCACAAUGACAUGGAUGGUGCAUUACGUGUCAGCAUCCCCUCGGAGGUCUCUCUCCGUCCUCAGCUAGGUGGUAAGGUGGUUGUGCCAUGCUACUUCCAAGAUAACACCAUCAAGGACAUUGGUGCCCCAACUACCGCACCACUCUCCUACCGCAUCAAAUGGACCUAUGUCACCAAGGAGAGGACUACAACAAUCCUAGUGGCACUGGGGGGGAAAGUUCAUGUAGAGAAAGAUUAUGAUGACAGGGUGACAUUGGUCAACUACCCAAUGGUUUCUACUGACGCUAGCAUGGAGCUUACAGAACUGAGGUCCAAAGAUUCUGGCAUGUACCGCUGCGAGGUCAUGCAUGGCAUUGAGGACAAGUACGACUCUGUGGAAAUCCAGGUUCAGGGCAUUGUGUUUCACUACCGGGCCAUCUCCAGCCGUUACACCCUGACUUUUGAAAGAGCUAAAGCAGCCUGCAUCCACAACAGUGCCACCAUUGCCACUCCGGCGCAGCUCCAAGCUGCCUUUGAUGACGGAUACCACCAGUGUGAUGCUGGAUGGCUGUCUGAUCAGACUGUCAGAUAUCCCAUCCAUGUGCCACGGGAGCGUUGCUAUGGAGACAAGGAAGACCUCCCUGGAGUGAGAAGUUAUGGCAUAAGAGACGUUAAUGAGACCUACGACACAUAUUGCUUUGCUGAGAAGAUGUCAGGCAGAGUCUUCUACUCCAUAUCUCUAGAAAAGUUUAACUUCUACCAAGCAAAAGAUCAGUGUGCCAAACUGGGUGCCAGGCUGGCCACCACUGGUGAGCUUUACAUUGCCUGGAAGGGUGGUAUGGAUGUGUGUAAUGCUGGUUGGCUGGCAGACAGGAGCGUUCGCUACCCGAUCAACAUCGCUAGGCCUCAAUGUGGAGGGGGGCUCAUCGGAGUAAGAACAGUCUACUUGUUCCCUAACCAGACAGGAUACCCAUACCCAGACUCUCUCUACGAUGCCAUCUGCUUCCAAGCAAGUGAGGAUGAAGGUGCUGUGCCUGAGAGGACCACACCUUUCCCAGACAUCAAACAAAUCACACCGUCCUCGGAGUUCUACCCGGGAUUGACCCCUUCACCCGGACUUGAGGAGGCUAAAUCUGAAACAGAGGACAUUUUCUCCCGACUGCCUCUCCCUACAAAUAUAACUGGUGGGGAUGGCAUGUCUCCUACAAGUGUGGUGUUCCACUAUCGACCAAUCACUGGCCGGUACACUCUGACAUUUUUAGAAGCUAUUCAGACUUGUGAAAGAGUUGGGGGAGUCAUUGCCAGCCCCCAGCAGCUGCAGGCAGCUUUUGAGAAAGGCCUUCACCAAUGUGAUGCUGGCUGGCUGCGAGACCAAACCGUCCGGUAUCCUAUUGUGUCACCCAGGGAAAACUGUGCUGGUAACCUGCUGAACAUUCCAGGAGUGAGAUCCUAUGGUUUGAGACCAGCUGAUGAACGUUACGAUGUGUUUUGUUAUGUGGAUGGUCUAAAAGGUGAGGUUUUCUUCACCAGUGAUUAUGACAGCUUCUCCUAUGAGGAGGCUGUGCAGCACUGUCAGAAACUGAACACCACCCUGGCCACCCCCGGCCAGCUGUAUGCUGCCUGGAAACAGGGACUUGAUAAGUGUCGCCCAGGCUGGCUGAUGGACCACAGUGUCCGCUACCCAAUCACAACCCCAAAGUCCUACUGUGGAGGCGGGCAAGUCGGAGUCCACAUCAUACACGCAUUUCCCAAUCAGACAGGAUUUCCCGAUGAGUACUCACGCUACGAUGCCUACUGCUUCAGAGCCGAGUCUUCUGUUGUUCAUCCUGAAUAUAACACCAGUGUAAAUUCAACAUCACUGACUGAAGAUGUUAUCAACAAAACAACAAUCAUCACUGAUCACUUUGCUCUCACUGGUAAAACUUUAGUUAGUGACAAUGAAACAGAACCUGCUGUAAAUCACACAGAAAAAGAGAUGAUCCAGAAUGUCACUGUGCUGACUCAGCAUGUUGCUCCUAAAGAGAGAACCCCUGUUCCAUCAGCCUCAGCUGAUGUGUCAGGAUCUGGUUCAGCUGAACUCUCAGCCAGCGGGGAGACCUCCAGAGAGUCUUCCUCCUCCAGCUCCAGUGGUGAUGUGUCUGGGUCGGGAGAGGGUGUCAUCCUCAAAGAAUCCACAGACGUUUUCUCUGGAGAGCAGUCUGCCUCUAAAAUGCAGGAGGCUAGAGGCGAAAGGGUGGAUAGCUUCACAUCUGGAGAUUUGGGAAGUGCAUCUGCAUCUGGAUCUGAAUCUGGAUCUGGAUCUGGAUCUUCAUCUGCAUCUGGAUCUGAAUCUGGAUCUGAAUCUGCAUCUGGAUCUGAAUCUGGAUUUGGAUCUAGAUCUGCAUCUGGAUCUGAAUCUGCAUCUGCAUCUGCAUCUGGAUCUGAAUCUGCAUCUGGAUCUGAAUCUGGAUUUGGAUCUGGAUCUGCAUCUGAAUCUGCAUCUGCAUCUGGAUCUGGAUCUGCCUUCAUUAUCUCAGGAUCAGGAUUUGGCAGUGGAAGUGCAUACAUCAGUGGUAGUGGUGAAGACCCAACAAUCAUCAUUGUAAAUGGAGAAAUGGAGGAAGUGUCCAAAACUCACCAAAACAACACAGAGCAGGAAUUUGGCCGUGGACAUGUUGAUUUCAGUGGAGACUUUAAAGAAUCAAGUGGCUCCGGGUCUGGUGAAGUGUCCACGUCGGGUGAUGUUUCUGGGUCCGGUAACGUUUCUGGAUUGGGUGAUGUUUCAGGUUCUGGCUCCAGUGGACUUCCUGGCAUUUUAUAUAUCGACCACAGUGGCACUGACCUGACAGAGCAGCAAUCUGGAGAACAAGAGGUUUCUGGGUAUCAUCCAGUUGGAUCAGGGGGCCACAGCGGUUUCUCCAGUGGAGUUCCACAUGGAGUUUCUAGCAGUGUUUCUGCUUCUGGAGACCCCUUCCAUUUAAGUGGUGAUGUCAUCUACAUAACUGAUGACAGGACAUUCAAAGUGACUGAAGUAAGGGAACCUGAGCAGGGCCGUGGUGUGGUUGAAGUGAGCGGGGAAGGGAGUUCCUCAGGAGUCUUUCAUGAAUUCAGCAGCACUUUGAGUACAUCAGGAACUGAAGCUGCCCGUGAAACACUUGCUGCUACAAUGCCAUAUACAGAGUCCAUCAGUGCUGCUGCCCAAUCAGAAGUCAGAGCGACCGAUCAGGAUGGUUACACAGGACCUUCGGAUUUUGCCGUGACUCCAGAGUUGGCCUACAAUAGCCCACCAACAGUUCCAUCAAUGCUGUUAGCUACUCCAGCUGUUGUAGAGCAGCCUGAUGUGGAUGAAGCUCUCCACGGCUGUCCCAAUGGUUGGAGGGAGUUUCGGGAUGGCUGUUACAUCCAUAUUGAUAACAGAGAUACGUGGUCUGAAGCUGAGCAUUACUGUCAGCAGCUGAACGCCCACCUGGUCAGCAUCAACUCCCAGGAGGAGCAGGAAUUUGUCAACUUGAGUGGCCAGGAUUACCAGUGGAUUGGACUCAAUGACAAAGAUGUGCAGAAUGAGUUCCGCUGGACUGACGGAAAUCCUCUGUCUUAUGUGAACUGGAGGCCCAACCAGCCAGAUAACUAUUUGAAUUCUGGGGAGGAUUGUGUGGUGAUGAUCUGGCAAGAGGGUGGGCAGUGGAAUGAUGUGCCCUGCAACUACCACCUUCCAUACACCUGCAAGAUGAAUCCUGUAAUGUGCGGAUCACCCCCCAAUGUGGAACACGGCCAGCCCAUGGGCAGCAGUCGAGAACACUACGCUGUCGACUCCAUUGUCCGCUACCAGUGUGAUGCAGGCUACACACAGCGCCACCUACCUGUCAUACGCUGCAUGGAGAACGGGGAGUGGCAAAAGCCUCAGGUGGAGUGCCUAGAAGCUAAUGCCAACAGUCAGCGGCUACACAAAAGGUCCCUGUGGAGGAGAAGUAAAGGUGUCAACAGCCAGCAGGAGCAGAGGAAACAGCACUGAGCAGCACUGAAUGGACAAACAAGAGAGAGACAUAAAGAAACCUUCUUGUAAAGAAGCAUGGACCCUAAUGCAAAUGUCUGAAGAAGAAGUUAGCAUGCCCCUCUCUGUACACACACACACAAAGCACAAGCAGAUACUGACAGUUGAUGUUUUGGAUAUGUGAGCGUUACUCUGCACCCUCUGGAAGUAGGAUUUAUGACCUUUGAUAACAUGUUAUACACACACAAAUAAAUAAAUAAUAAAAAAUAAACAAAAAUAAAAUGUCAUACACACAGCAUUCAUAACCCAACAUUUUAGUUUUUCUCAUUAAAUAGACAUUUAAUUAGUCCUGGCUUAAGAGAAGCUCUUUCAUGGUGUGAGGCGUAACAAGAAAAGUCCAAAACUGUUUAUAAUCUUCCCCUGAUUCAGCGUUUUUUCUAAUCUGUAACUCACCCUUUUGUGAGUGUGUGUGUGUGUGUGUGUGUGUGUGUGUGUGUGUGUGUGGGUGGGUGGGGGUGGGGGUGGGGUGGGGGGUCUAGGCUCUAUUUCUCUCUGGAGCAGCAGUGAUCCAUUAGGCCUUUUGGGUGUGACACUGAUACAGAAUACAACUGCUUUUUUUGAUUUGGUCAUUAAAAUAUAAAAAGACAAAAAUCUAAAAGCAAAGAAUCAGAGACACUUCAAAGCAUUUCAUCUUGUCACAACCCAAAGCUUGACCAUCCACUUUGCUACCAGAUCCACGCAGCAAAAGAGUUUGUCAAAUGAUUGAGGUGUUGAUAUAAACCAGGUUGAAAAUAAGUGCAACAAAACCUGAAUUGAAAAAAAAUCUGCAUUUAUGCACUUUUUGAGUACUCUAAUUUGUCCUAACCGUUUGAAUCCAGCACACUCUAACAGAGUAUAAAAGAGUGUGUUUGUAUUAAGUGAACUUGCGGGCUGGCAGGGCAGGGGCCACCGGGGCAGUCUUUAUUUGUCACAGAUCCAGUCGGAUGGUCUUCGUCCGGCACCAGAGCCACAGCAUGGCGAGUUCCUCAAUGCAAAUAUCCUCACUAUAGCUCUUUGAACAGCAGGAUCUGUCAAGUUACCCAGCACCAACAUUUUAACUGUUUCAUCUUCAUAUUUCCUGAGUUGUUUGUUCUGAGAGCCAACAAUACAGAAAAACUGAUGUUUCCAGAAACAUCAUGGUGAGAUAUGUUCUUUCAUAUCAUUUUGUGUUUGACACAAACCUUUGUCCUCAGAAUCUAAAACAGCUGGACUAACUCGAUUCAGUAAAGUAUGAAAAUAGCUUUGAGCACAAGGGAGCAUCAAGACUACCCUCUACUCUCAGAACAAACACUCCACUUCAUUCAUUUCUGACUUCUCAUUCAACGACAGUUAUAGUUUGUAGUCUUUAAAGCACACACAGCUUAACAAAAUGAAAUAAAACUGCACAAAGUGCUCCUUUUACAAAAAUAAAUGAGAGGGACAGAUAGAUUUAGACCUAACUGAGGUGUUCAAUGGUUGGUCUGUAACUUGGAGAAACUUCAUCACAAAGAAUUGUUUAAGAAAUUACUUGGUUAAAAUAAUAGUUGGCUGCUGGAAUGAGUGUAUUCCAACGUGUUAUCAAUUAUGAACAAACUGAUAUGAUAAACCAACAAAAACCAAGCAGAAAGACAAAACUGCUGCUGUGACUUGGUUCUGAUUCUGAAUCCUGGUGUGAACAAACCAAAUAAAACAUGGAAUCAUU